AUGGCAGUAAACAAACGUUUACUUAUUAUAGGCGUCGUCGUGCUGUGUGCCAUAGUAGGUGCUAUUGUGGGUGUGAUCGUCGCCAUUACUUCCGGCUCAGCUUCGACGUCUUCGGAGGAAAAUGCCAACUCGGGUGACACGUUUGCUUCUAAUGAUGGUUACAUUCGAAAAGGGACUUCUAAUUCCAGUGGCAGUAGUAAAUCGGUCACGCCAACUGUAACAUCAGACCCGACAUCAGUAAAGUAUACACUUGCUGCCUUUGCAAUUGGGGAUUGGGGUACAACUGUGACUGCCGACUCUUGCUGCACACGUUCAGACACAUACAAUAAUUAUGAUAUUGUAGCAGAAGAUGUUGUGGCAAGUAUUAUGAAUACACAAGCAGGUGAUGCAGACAUUCCACCAAAGGUUAUAAUGGGUCAUGGUGAUAGCUGUUAUUGGACAGGUAUUAAUAGUGAAGAAUUACGAGACUCUCGCUUUACGACGACAUUUGAAAGCAAAUUUAAUGGUCAGAACUUGGAUUCACUUCCUUUUCUGAGUGUAAUGGGUAAUCACGACUACGGUGGUGCUAGUUACGUUUGCUCAGAUGGUGAUAAUAACGCUAAAUGUAACAGUACGGACGAUCUUCUAACAGGUCUAGAAAAUAAAUUCAAGUGGCAAAAGGAUUACAUUAGUCCAAAUAACAAUCGGUGGUUGCUGAAGGACCACUUUUAUGUGUAUACGAUUGAAGACUCGAGUUCCGGUGUUAGCAUUGAUAUUUUCAAUGUUGACUCGGGUGAUGCUGAUGUCCACGCAGCGCAGCAGGUGUGCUGUCAGUGCUAUGGUUACGCGGAAGGAGACGAUAAAUUGUGCGAAGGUGUUGCUCGUGGCGAUGAUUACUGUUGCGGAGGCGACACGGACAUGUACGACGCGUGCUUUGCCAAGUUUACAGAGUGGAGUGAUGACUCGCGUACUCAGUUGGCUGAAAAGGCACAGGCGUCUAAUGCCACGUGGAAGAUUGUUAAUAGCCACUAUAGUCCCAGUGUGCAUUACGCUGAAAAAGGCAUGAAGACAUGGUUUGAUAUUUUGGACGGAUCUGGUAUUCAUGCAUGGGUGUAUGGUCACACUCACGGCGAGAAGCACGACUAUUCUGAGUCACUUGGCGUGCACUUUGUAGAAAACGGUGCCGGUGGUGGUAUCCAGAAGGAAUCUGCCAGUGGUCUUACGACAUACGCAGCUGAAUAUGUGCGCAACAUUUGGGCGUACACGGGUAAUGAGUAUGGUUUCUUCUCUUUGACGGCGUCGGAGGACUGGCUUAAGCUGCAGUACCACACAGCUGAUGACUCGUGGGUUUUUGGUUCGAGCAUGGACGAGACAACUGCUGGCGGUGUGGCUACGAAGCACUGCUGGUACAUUCCGGUUGAUGGCACGAAGGGCGAAGAGUGUUCUUCAUAA